GACGACCCCGUCCGCGUGCUUCUGCUGCGUCUGUCUCUGUGUCGGACGCGCGUAGACUAGGACACUGUGUUUGGUCGCAUUUGGCAGCGGCGGUCUGCCAUCUCCGCUAAGAUGAUGAUGAUGGCCAAUAAUAAUUCCGGCGAGGCGAAGGGGGGCAGUAGCGCCGGGAACGCCCAACCGAACGAGGCUGCUGGUGGAGGUGGUGGUGGCAGUGGCGGAGGUGAAGAGUCUGGUAGUGACGGCGGUGGUGGUGGCGGCAGUGCCAACGCCAGCACCGGUGACAAUGAAGUGAAUAUACGGCGCGGUCUGGAUGUGAUACAGAGCAUGAUCGAUAUUUCGGCUGACCGGCUCGAAGGACUGCGGACGCAGUGCGCCACCAGCGCUGAGCUGACGCAGCAGGAAAUCCGCACGCUCGAGACGAAGCUCGUGAAGCUCUUCUCCGAUCUGUUAAUUACUAAAUCGAAGCUCCCGGAGCGGUUGCCCGCCCGGGGCCUGCCCGCCACCGGGAAUGAACUCAAGCAAUGGCUCAGGGUCGUCGGUCUGAGCUGUGCAUCACUCAACGCUGUGAUACAACAGGUCAGCACGCUCGAGGGACUGCUGGAGAAGGAUGACAAGGAGCUGCGGACAAUCAUGGGCAACAAUGUGUACGUCCGGGAAGAGGAAAUCAAGCGGUUGACGCGCGCCUCCGGCAACUUGAAGCGCUACCGAGAGCAGCUCGAGGCUGUGGCUGGUGGGCGCAAAGUGAAUGCGGGUGAUGCGAUGCACGAUCUCUUCUGGGACUCCUGGGACCGCCAACCGGCCUGCCAUCGCACGUCGCCCCGCGUGAACCGCUCGUUGGCCGGGGCCAAGUGCAACAAGCCGAAUGUAAACUAUCGUCACAACAACGGACCACCGAUGGCGGCAGUGCCCAGCGGCGGAGAGUUUCAUGCUGACCAACACAUCACCAGCCCGCAGUCGGAGGAAUCGAUGCAGCAGCACCAUGAACAGCUGCUCAAUCCGCAUCACACCAUCUCCCCGGACGAAGCGUCGACCAGCGGCUGCACUCCCUCGCCAUCGCCCCCGAACUCGCCCUCCAGUGUGAUGCUGCACGGCAAGCAACAGCAGCAGCAGAACCGCAAGGGUUUCCCCACGACGCCACCGCCCAAGCGGAAACAUCAGACCGCGCUGCUCACCUCUUCCUCUUCGUCCUCCGCUUCCUCGGCGUCCACCGUAACAGGGACGGCGACGGUCACCACAACGCAGUCGGCAGGUGCCGUCGCUGCUUGCGCCGGAGGCACCAAUCCUGCGGAUGCCGCUUCCGCUGCGGCCCUAACCAAAUCGAAAUCCCACGAAUCGCAGUUUGGCGGCGGUGGUGGCGGUGGUGCUGCUGGUGCCAACAACAAUCACGCCGUCAACAACAACAACAACAAUAAUAACAACGGUAGCAGCGCUGGUCCGGGUGGAGGAGCCAACAACAAUCCGCUUUAUCUCGUCAACAAUAACAACAACAUUCCAACGCACGUGGUACCGCUGGGGUCGAACCACGAAACCGGAGGUCCGGCCGUCGUCACGUCGACAACGACGACGACACCCGGCAACAACAUUCUAAGCGAAAGUGGGACGCUGAUGGCCGCCAAUCAGCGGCCGAUGGGCAACGGAAGUGCCGGCAAUCGGAUGGGAACGUUCCCACGCAGUCGGCUGCACACGGAACCGACCAUCACCAGUAGCAACACUAUGGUGUCCCCAUCGGGUGGCACCACGCAGCCGGAUCAUCUUUCCCAUCCGCCGCAGCACCAUCACCACCACCACCCCCACCACCAUCAUCAUCUGCACCACGGUGCGCCACAUCAUCACCCUCCGUCGUAUCAUCACCAUCUGCAGCAGCAAGCAACAAGCGGCGGCCAGUCGGAGGGUGGCGAGUACGGCGCCGGCGACGGGCCGCCGAUCAUCGGCCACAGCAGCGUGCCACCCAAGUCGCCCUGCACACCAAUCAUCACGCGCGGCAUGGGCCACAUGAUACAGCACCGGUUCACGAAGAAGUUCAAGGUCACCAAGAGCACGUGCGAUCUCUGCAACAAGCAAAUGUUCUUUGGCUACAAAUGCACCGAGUGCAAGUAUCGGUGCCACCGGGACUGCAUGCAAAAUGUGCCACCAUCGUGCGGCCUGCCGCAGGAGUUUGUGGACGAGUUCAAGAAGUCGCUCCAAUCCGACACCCUUCUCCCGACGAGCGUCUCGCCCAACAUUGGGCGGCCCCCCGGCGGAGGCACGAUCCCCGGAGCCGGUGGCGGUGGCAUGAUGUAUGUCGCGAGUGCGCGGGCCGGGACACUGGUGCGAGGCCCGAUGCACGCGAUUCACGCUUGCGGUGGCCCGGACAGUAGCUCGGCCGGUUCGAGCUGCAACAGCUCGUCCCCCUCGAGCCCGGCACUGCUCUCGCUGCCGCCGCAAACACCCGGCACUUCACGCCAGUUCAAUUUUCCCGAGGUGCCCAACGGCCAAGGGGUGGCCGGUGGUAGCAUGAUGAUGGUGUCAACGAUUUCGACCACAGGCGGCAGCUCAUUGAUAGCGAGCGGCGGCGGAGGCAGUCUGGGCAGUGGUGGCAUCACGAUUGAAACACAUCCCAUCGGUGUCUCUUCCGGCGGUGGCGUGCACGCGGUGCGAAGUGUAGGCAGCAGCGGUUACGGUGGAGAUAGCGGUGCUACCAUCGAGAUCCCCACGCUGCAAUUCUCGGACAUUCCCGAUCACGGGGCCGUGUUGGGCGGCGAAAACGAUAAGACGGGUUCAGCGAGUGCUACCAGCACCGACUCGUCCUCCGACCGCACACCGAUCCGACUCGAUUCGACCGAGGAGCGCGACCACGAAAGUAGCUGGCGGCAGAACAGUCUGUCCAAGGAGUGGGACAUCCCGUACGACGACCUGCACCUGAAGGAGAAGAUCGGCAACGGGCGGUUCGGCACGGUGCAUCGGGCCCUCUGGCACGGCGACGUCGCCGUGAAGCUGCUCAAGGAGGACUAUGUGGCCGGCGAUCCGACACUCGAGGCGUUCAAGCUCGAGGUCGCCACGUUCAAGAAGACGCGCCACGAAAACGUGGUUCUGUUCAUGGGCGCUUGCAUGAAUCCACCGCGGCUCGCGAUCGUCACCUCGCUGUGCAAGGGCAACACGCUCUUCACGCACAUCCACCUGCGCAAGGACAAGUUCAACCUGAACCGCACCACCCUGGUGGCGCAACAGAUCUCGCAGGGCAUGGGGUACCUGCACGCGCGCGGCAUCGUCCACAAGGACCUCAAGACGAAGAACAUCUUCCUCGAGAACGGCAAGGUGAUCAUCACCGACUUUGGGCUGUUCAGUGCGACCAAGCUGCUGUACUGUGAGCUGGGGCUCGGCAUUCCGAGCGGCUGGCUUUGCUACCUGGCUCCGGAGCUGAUGUGCAACCUGACAGCGUACCGCCCCGUCGAGGGCGAUCUGCCGUUCACGCCGGCCUCGGACAUCUACGCGUUCGGCACCGUCUGGUACGAGCUGCUGUGCGGCGAGUUUCCCUUCAAGUCGCAGCCGGCCGAAUCGAUCAUCUGGCAGGUUGGGCGCGGCAUGAAGCAAACCCUCGCCAAUCUGCAGGCUUCGCGCGACGUCAAGGACAUUCUGAUAAAGUGCUGGAACUACCAUGCGGACGACAGGCCCGACUUUGCCAAACUGCUGAACCUCCUCGAGCGCCUCCCGAAGAAGCGGCUCGCCCGAUCCCCCUCGCAUCCCGUGCAACUGUCGCGCUCGGCAGAAUCAGUGUUUUAGAGUGGCGGCACAUCGGCGUAGGGCGAAAGAGAAACCUUACCACACAAGUCCUGAGAAAAACAUCCCUCACUGAUAAGAAACACCCCCCCUCCACACACACUGUGCUUUCUCUACGCGUUCCCCGUUUUCAGAUUUUGCCGCGCACUUCCUAACGGUCGAUGCGUGGCGCAAAACAGUGUUUCCGCGAUAGACUUUCGCAUCCAUUAAGGCGAAGAUAGAAGGCAAAUAUAGUAAAUAUAUGCAGCAGACGAUUGCAGAAAUGAUCGGAAACGAAAGAGAGGGAGAGAGAGUGAUAGGGUCAGGGGAGAGCAGUGUCGAAAAAUGCUAGGAAAAAGGCAAAUAUGAAAAAAGAAUGAAACCAACAACCAAACAUGAGAACAAAUU